AAAAGCUCAUUAUAACAGAUUUGCUAGUGCAUCAACCUGACCACGUCUCUCUUUUCUGUCAAAAUCUGUGUAAUUUGUCCUGGUGAAACAGAUAAUAACAGAAAAGAAGUUGCAUUUUUCAGCUAACGACACCGUUUUAGUAGGUGCCUGAAAUCUCAAUCAUGAAGCCAUUAGCCGCCCAUAUCACAAACCUUCUAACAAACGCAUCCUUCCUCUAUAUAACACACACUUAACGUUCACUCUUUUCUCCACCUCUUUACAAGAUAAUAAAUUCUCUCGAAAAAAAAUAUUAAAAUUCUCUAGUACUCAAAAUGCACUGCAAACCAGUUGCAUUUCUCUUUGUUUCGGUCGUUAUUUGGGUCUACGCGAUCAGGGGAGGCGAAUCGCGUCCGCCUUUUGCUUGUGACCCAAGCAACGGCCUGACGAAAAAUUUGCCCUUCUGCAGAGUGUCACUCCCUGUAGGUGUCAGAGUUGGAGACCUGAUUGGGAGGCUGACAUUGCAUGAGAAAGUAGGGCUGUUAGUGAACAAUGCUGCCCCGGUGCGGAGGCUGGGGAUAUUGGGGUACGAGUGGUGGUCGGAGGCGCUUCAUGGCGUGUCGAAUGUCGGUCCGGGGACCAAAUUUGGUGGCGCAUUUCCGGGCGCCACCCAGUUUCCUCAGGUCAUCACCACUGCAGCUUCGUUUAACGAUUCUUUGUGGCAAAGAAUUGGACAGGUAGUAUCAGAUGAAGGAAGAGCAAUGUACAAUGGAGGAAUGGCUGGACUGACAUUCUGGAGUCCUAAUGUUAACAUUUUUAGAGACCCUAGAUGGGGAAGGGGACAAGAAACUCCGGGUGAGGACCCUAUGCUUGCUGCUAGGUAUGGCGCUAGCUAUGUUCGCGGCCUCCAGGGUAAUGUAGGGAACCAGUUGAAGGUCGCGGCUUGUUGCAAACAUUACACUGCAUAUGAUCUUGAUAAUUGGAAUGGUGUUGAUCGGUUUCACUUCAAUGCUAGGGUUAGCAAGCAGGACUUGCAGGACACAUAUGAUGUGCCCUUUAAAGCUUGUGUGACAGAAGGAAAAGUUGCCAGUGUAAUGUGCUCAUACAAUCAGGUUAAUGGAGUUCCGACUUGUGCAGAUCCAAAUCUCCUAAAGAAUACUAUUCGUGGCGAAUGGCAUCUAAAUGGAUAUAUUGUUUCCGAUUGUGAUUCGGUUGGAGUUCUAUAUGAGACUCAACACUUUACAAGAACACCAGAAGAUGCUGUUGCAGCAACCAUCAAAGCAGGUUUGGAUUUAGACUGCGGGCCUUACUUAGCCGUGUUCACAGAAGGGGCUGUUAGACAAGGAAAACUUACGGAAGCAGAUGUUAACACAGCAUUAGCAAACACACUUACAGUACAGAUGCGUCUGGGAAUGUUUGAUGGGAUUAGGCAGCCUUAUGGAAACUUAGGCCCGAGAGAUGUUUGUACUCCAGCACAUCGUCAGCUUGCACUUGAAGCAGCCCGUCAAGGAAUGGUCUUACUUCUCAACCGUGGACGCGCACCACCACUCUCUACUAGAUUUCACCAUACUGUUGCAGUCAUCGGACCCAAUUCUGAUGCAACUGUGACCAUGAUUGGCAACUACGCUGGUGUGGCGUGUGGAUACACUACUCCAGUGCAAGGUAUAGCACGAUACGUUAGGACUACUCAUCAGGCUGGUUGCACAGGUGUUGCAUGCAACUCUAACCAGCUUUUUGGAGCUGCGGAGACAGCUGCCAGGCAGGCAGAUGCAACUGUGUUAGUAAUGGGGCUUGAUCAAUCCAUUGAAGCUGAAGCUAGAGACCGAUCAAAUAUUCUACUACCUGGACAUCAACAAGAACUGAUAUCUAGAGUUGCCAGGGCCUCUAGAGGCCCGACCAUAUUGGUUCUCAUGUCUGGCGGGCCUAUCGAUGUUGGUUUUGCUAAGGCAGAUCCCAAGAUAACUGCUAUUAUAUGGGCUGGAUACCCUGGCCAAGAAGGUGGCACUGCAAUUGCUGACGUCUUGUUCGGCAUGACAAAUCCAGGGGGGAAGCUGCCAAUGACAUGGUACCCACAAAGUUACUUAGCGAAGGUGCCAAUGACAAACAUGGACAUGAGGGCGAAUCCAGCAAGAGGCUACCCUGGUCGAACUUAUCGCUUCUAUAAAGGACCAGUUAUUUUUCCAUUUGGUCAUGGUUUAAGUUACACAACCUUUGCCCACACUUUAGCCCACGGUCCAAGUUCUGUUGCGGUGUCAUUGGCCAACAAUCACUCGUUCAAAAAUUCAACAAUUUUGAAUGACAAUCUCAGAGUUAUACACGUGAACUGUGAAGGCCUUAGUGUGGGUGUACAUGUUGAUGUUAAGAACACAGGGACUAUGGAUGGUCCACACACUCUUCUUGCAUACUCGUCGCCUCCUGGUGCUGCAAAUUCAGAUUCGAAUAAGCAAUUGAUUGGAUUUGAAAAAGUUCAUGUGGUCGCGGGAGCUCAACAAAGGGUCAGAAUUCAUGUUGACGUGUGCAAACAUCUAAGUGUUGUGGACAAGUUUGGAAUUCGAAGAAUUCCAAUGGGUGAUCACAGUAUACAUGUUGGAGAUCUUAAGCAUUCGAUCUCUGUCCAAAUUUCUGUCUAGGACCUCUUAAGUUUCAAAAGCAAAUAACAUAAUAUAAAUGUGACAACUGAUAUACACUGGAAACAAGGAAAGUGCAUUAGCUCUGAAGUUUUCUUUUCUGCAAAUUAGUUCCAAGAGUUAAUCUUGGCAGCAAUUGUAACUGCAAAUUUAAACAUAGUUGUAUUUUGCCAAAUAUUUACAGACAAUGAAAUGUACCUCAACUCAAGGUAUUGAUUGAUUUGGAGUUAUUGAAAAGUUGCUUUAUGUUA